UCUAAAAAACAUUGUAUUUGAUAUAAUUAAUUUUUUUUCCUUCAGAAAAAAUCUAAAAUCAAAAGCUUUGGUAAAAUAUUUUCUGAAGGAAAAAUUGAAUCUGUAUUUUUUUAGCUACCUCUGAAAAGGAUUUUAUGUGUAGCUAUAAAACAGAGAGAAGGUUUGGAAUGAUAUUGUUAGGAUUACUUUGUACAUAUUAAAAAAUUUAAAUCCUAAAUUCAAAAAUUAAUUCCUAAAUUUACUUGUUCUGCCUUCUUUGAAAGUUAAUGAGUUGGGAGGGUGAAGUCACAUUGUAAUAAGACAAGAUAUGCGAUUAAUUAUUAACUAUUAGUGAAAUGCAGUGGUGAUAUUUGGCUUUUACUGCAGAUGAACAGAAAUACAAUUUAAUCUGUAUUUGCUAGCAUUUAUGCUUUGCUAUUUGUGAUGCUAUGGCUAUUUUAAUAUUUCUUUUUGUUUUGCUAUUUUCUGGAACAAGUUUCAGUCAAGAGAAAACAUAUGUUCUUACAGCACCAAAGAUUUUUCGAAUUGGGGCAUCUGAAAAAGUCGUAGUUCAAGCUUUUGGUUACGAGAAGGAAUUUCCUGUCAAUAUUGCCAUAAGAAGUUUUCCAGAUAAGCUUGUUGCUUAUUCUUCUGGCUACAUUUCUUUAACUCCAGCCAAAAAAUUCCAAGGCGCUGUAACUUUAACACUUCAACCAGCAGAUUUACCAAGAACAGCCAAUUCAGUCCAAUAUGUGUAUUUGGAAGCUGUUUCUCCACAUUUUACAAGAUUAAAAAAAAUUCCAGUUUCCUAUAAGAAUGGAUUUCUCUUUAUUCAGACAGACAAACCUAUUUAUACUCCUGAUCAAUCAGUGAAAGUCAGAGUUUACUCUUUGAAUGAAGAACUGCAGCCAGCUCGGCGAGAAACUGUCCUAACUUUUGUGGAUCCUGAUGGAGUAAAAGUGGAUAUUACAGAAGAAGAUGAUUUUACUGGAGUAGUUUCUUUUCCUGACUUCAAGAUUCCUUCUAAUCCUAAGUAUGGAAUUUGGAGGAUUGAAGCCAAGUACAAGAAGAAUUUUGUCACCUCGGCUGUUGCGAAAUUUGAAGUUAAGGAAUAUGCAAUGCCAAGCUUUUCUGUCAUCAUAGAGCCAGAAAAUAACUUUAUUAGCUCUGAGAAAUUUGAGAACUUCAGGAUUACUGUGAGAGCCAGCUAUUUUUAUAAUAAAAGGCUUCCAAGUGCUGAUGUUUUUGUUCGUUUUGGAAUAAUUGAAGAAACUGGAAAAAAAAUGAUACCUCAUGCUAUGCAUGUAACUAAGAUUGUAGAUGGAGUUGCUGAAAUCAAUUUUAACAGUAAAAAAGCAGUUAGUUUUAUCGGGUUUCAAAGACUAGAAGAGUUGGAUGGGUCACGCUUAUAUAUUGCAGCAUCAGUGCUGGAGUCUAUGGGUGGCCUUAGUGGUGAGGCAGAAUUUGAUGGAGUCAAAUACGCUGUAUCUCCUUACAAACUGAACUUGAUUGCCACUCCUCUCUUUGUGAAGCCUGGACUUCCAUUCUUCAUUAAGGUGCAGGUGAAAGAUACAGUAGAUCACUUUGUUGGAAACCUCCCCAUAACUGUCACUGUAAAAUCAUUUAGCGAGCAAAUGGAUGCGACUGAGCUGAUAUCUGAGGGUUCGGAGUCUGGGAGAAGAAAAACAAGUGUGAAUGAUGGAACUGCUUUAUUUGUUGUUAAUAUCCCAUCUGAUAACAAAAUAUUAGAGUUUCAGGUUAGAACUGCAGAUCCAAGUCUUUCGGAUGAAAACCAAGCGACUAAAACCUAUGAAGCAAAAGCUUAUUCAUCACUAAGUCAGAGUUACCUGUAUAUUGACUGGGCUUCAAACCACAAAAUACUGGAAGUAGGCAAUUUCGUAAAUAUUAAUGUAUACCCACGUAGUCACUAUAUUCAUAAAAUACAUCACUACAGCUAUUUGGUCAUGUCAAAAGGGAAGAUAGUAAGCUUUGGAACUCAAGAGAGAAUUAAGGAUUUGGAAUAUGAGCAUCUAAGUUUUCAGAUAACCCAAGAAAUGGUUCCUUCAGCCCGUCUUAUUGUUUACUAUAUUGUCAUGGGAGAAGAAACUGCUGAGUUAGUAGCUGAUUCAGUUUGGCUGAAUGUGGAACAGAAGUGUGGGAAUAAUCUUGAUAUUAAGCUGCUAUCAAGCAAACAGAUACUGAAGCCAGGAGAAGUUGUAUCACUUAACAUGAAAACGCAGUUCAGUUCCUUUGUUGCUCUGUCAUCUAUUGACAAAGCAGUGUAUGGAGUCACAGGAGGAGGAAAGAGACCUAUGGAAAAAAUAAUGCUACAUUUGGAAAAGAGUGACCUUGGAUGUGGUGCUGGAGGAGGACGGAACAAUGUUGAUGUAUUUCGAAUGGCUGGGCUUACGUUUUUAACUAAUGCAAAUGCUGAUGAUUCAAAUGAAGCAGAUGAAACCUGCAAUGAAAUUUUGAGAACCAAACGGUCUGAUUUCAAGGAACGGAUACUCCAGGAAGCAUCCAAAUAUAAACAUCCAGAAAUUCGAAAAUGUUGUAUGGCUGGUGUAAAAGCAUAUCCAGUCAGUGAGACUUGCAGUGAUAGAGCUCGACGAAUUCGGAGUAGUGAAAAGUGCAUUUCGGCAUUCAAAGAUUGCUGUGAAUUCGCAAACAGACUGCGGGAGGAAGAGCCUAAUAAGCUCCUGAUAUUGGCAAGAAUGCAUUUUGAGGCCGUAUUGGAAUUGGAUGAAGCAGACAUACGAAGUUAUUUCCCUGAAAGCUGGUUAUGGGAAGUUCAUGAAGUUUCUCCAAGGUCAAAGACUCUGUCUAUCACUCUGCCUGAUUCACUGACUACCUGGGAAGUACAAGGUGUUGGCAUAUCUGAUAAAGGUAUAUGUGUUGCGGAGCCCCUGGAAGUGCAGGUUUCAAAGGAUAUCUUCUUGAGCAUUUAUGUUCCUUAUUCUGUGGUGCGAGGAGAACAAAUUGAGUUAAAAGGAUCAGUUUAUAACUAUGGAGAUUCUGUAAUUAAGUUCUGUGUUAAAAUAGCAGCUGGAGAUGGAAUCUGUUCUUUUGGAGAUACUGCAACUACUGGGGUGAUGAUACACAAGUGUAAUUUUAAGUAUCUAGAUGGUGGUUCAUCAUUACCAAUUACAUUCAGGAUACUUCCUUUGGAAUUAGGUCUUCAUACUAUCAACUUUACACUGCUGACCGCCCGGAAUAGUGAAAUUGUAGUUAAAACACUACGUGUAAUGCCAGAAGGCAUUAAAAGAGAACUUCAUGCAGGUUUUACUUUGGAUCCGCAAGGUGUUUAUGGUUUAAUCAAGAGACGACAAGAAUUUAGAUAUAAAAUCCCCCUAAAUGUGGUGCCUAAAACGAAAAUUGAUAGAAGUGUCAGUGUAAAAGGGCAUCUUAUGGGUGAAGUGAUUGCCACAGUCCUCAAUCCUAGUGGUCUCGAUUUUCUUACUAACCUGCCAAAGGGCAGUGCAGAGGCGGAGCUUAUGAGUGUUGCCCCAGUAUUUUAUGUGUUUCACUACCUGGAACAAUCAAAUAACUGGCAUAUACUGGGUCCUAAAACCUUAGCUUCAAGAACUGAAAUGAGGAGGAAGAUGAAAGAAGGAAUUGUAAGCAUCUUGUCGUUCAGAAAUCCUGACUUCUCAUAUAGCAUGUGGAAGAAUGGGCAAGCUAGCACAUGGUUGUCAGCUUUUGCUUUAAGGAUUUUUGGACAAGUUAAUCAAUACAUAAGUCUUGAUCAGCUUUCUGUUUGUAAUUCACUUCUGUGGCUGAUUGAUAACUGUCAAAUGCCAGAUGGGUCAUUCAGUGAAUUUUCAAGUUAUCAACCAGUGAAACUACAGGGUACAUUACCUACAGAGGCUAAAGAAAAAUCUUUGUAUCUCACAGCAUUUUCUCUUAUUGGAAUUGACAAGACAAUUAAAAUAUGUCCUACUCAGAGAAUCCAUGAUGCUAGAAAUAGAGCAGGAGAUUAUUUGUUGAAAAAUGUGCAAUCUGCUGAAAGCCCCUUUACGAUGGCAAUAACUACGUAUGCUUUAGCUCUUGUGGACUUGAACCAUCAGUCUGCACGGUCAGCAUUCUCUGCACUGAAGAAGGAAGCGUUUGUCAUAGGUGACCCACCUAUUUAUCGUUUUUGGAAAGAUGCUUUCAAAACGGUAGGCAAAGACACUCCACACGCUGUUACUGCACAAAUGGUUGAAACUACUGCAUAUGCCUUGCUUACUGCUUUGUUGAGAGGGGACAAAAACUAUGCUAAUCCAAUUAUCAAAUGGUUGUCUGAAGAACAAAGAUAUGGUGGAGGAUUUUAUUCGACUCAGGAUACAAUUAAUGCCCUUGAGGCCUUGACUGAAUAUUCACUUCUUGUCCAACGGCUUAAUUUGGACAUGAGUGUUAAGGUAGCAUACAAACAUUAUGGAGAUCUUCAUCUGUUUAAACUGACAGAAGAUAAUUUCGUGGGAAGAACUGUGACAUUACCUUUGGAUGAUGACAUAUAUGUAAGCACUGGCAGCAGCGCUGGCUUAGCUACAGUAAAUGUGAAGACAGUAUAUAAUAUAAUCGGUACUUCUGAAGAGUCAUGUAACUUUGAAUUGAAGAUUGUUCCAAAGAGAGAUGAUGGUUACAGAAAAGAAGAUGGUGAGCUACCUGGGCGCUUAGAGGCUUGUGCAAAGUACAAGCCCAGCACAAGAGAGCCACAGUCAGGGUCUGCACAUGCUGUGAUGGAUAUAGGUUUAGUUAGUGGACUGGAAGCAAAUACAGAAGACUUGUCUACUCUUGCAAGUGGAGUUGAUCAAUUGAUAGCAGAUUAUGAGAUUAAAGAUGGGCAUGUUGUUCUACAAAUAGACUCUGUGCCAGCUAAUAAUUUCCUCUGUGUUGGAUUCAGAAUAAGUGAGCUUUUCCAUGCUGGAAUGAUAAAUCCUGCCACAUUCACUGUCUAUGAAUAUCAUGCACCAGAUAAACAGUGCACUAUAUUAUAUAACCCAUAUGGAGAUGAAAAACUUGUGAGAUUGUGUGAAGGAGAUGAAUGUAAAUGCAUGGAAGCUGAGUGUAGUCAGGUACAACAGAGACUAGAUCGGUCAAUAACCGCUGAUAAACGUCGAGAAGCUGCAUGCCAGAAUGACAUUGCAUAUGUUUAUAAAGUGAACAUUUUAUCUCGCAGUGAAGAAGGUUAUUUUGUUAAGUAUUCUGCAACUCUUCUGGAUCUCUAUAAAAGAGGGAAGGCUUUUGCUCAAAAAAAUAAUGAAAUAACCUUUGUGAAAAAGAAGACCUGUGCUGAUGUUGAAUUGGGCCCUGGAAUGCAGUAUUUGAUCAUGGGAAAAGAAGCGUUGAAGAUGAGCGUUGGUUAUAAUUUCAAAUUCCAGUACCCUUUGGACUCCAGCACUUGGAUUGAAUGGUGGCCUUCAAAUAUAGCCUGUACAUUUUGUCAAGAGUUUUUAAAUACAAUGGAAGAUUUUGCUGAAGAUCUCAUCAUCAAUGGCUGUUGAUUUACUUAGAGAAUUUUUAAAUGAAAAGUAUAGAUCAAAUCUCAUUUGGUGGGGAGGAACUCAGCUCUUUAGUAAUUCUUUCCAGAAGUUAACAUUCAUCGCUAGUUUAUCUCGGGAAAUGCUCUUUGCUUGUAUUUUUUAGCCAUUUCUUUAAAAAAUAAGAAUGUUCAAAUUAUGAUUUUUAAGCUUGGACAGUAGAAUAAUGUAGAAUAUUGCAAAGACAUUUGAAGUCAGAUGAUGUGAAAUGAAAUGACCAUAUAAACAAACAUGGGCAGUACUGUCUUGUGCCAGAACAAAUUGAAAUCCAGUGUCUUAUAAAAACAUAAACCUUCCUUCAACAAAAAGUAAAACAAAAAAUAAAAUUUAACAAAUAAUUUUGUUACAACUUUAAUUGCCAGGCAAUUUGAUUAAAAUGUGAGCGAUGUAUCUGUUUUACAUUUGGAAUGAAAUAGUAUUUCUUGCUGACUUCUUGCUUAGGUUUUACAGCAAAACCUACCACAAUAGCAUCCAAGUAUUUAGGAUGAAAGCCUUGUCCAGCCCCAUUUCCUUCAUAAUGAAUGUUUUAAAAGUUUGAUUUCCAACUAAAGUAUUGAACUGUGGAAGACAAUUCAUAAAGCUAUUUAGAUUGUGCCAAGAGCCAUACUGAAGCCAGAUAGUCUUUACUCCUUUGUGCUUUUUCAGCUCCCAUAGUUCCUUAUACCUUAGAAUUGCAGAUGACAGAAUCUUGCUCUCUUUAUCUAAGCUAGUAUCCAGGCAUCUAUCAUAACAUGGUGAGUGACAUUUUUCAUUCAGCGUGUGGUUGGAAUCGCAGAUUUUUAAGUUAAAUAAUCCGAAAGCUUUACUAAAUUAAUAAAUCGCAGUUUCUUCCAGUUUGUAUACUGGCAAUAUAUGAAGAAUCACUUCAUCAGCCACUGAAAGGUAACCAUCUGUUGUCUGAAAUGCAAAGAUUUGUUUUAACAGUGCGCUGAAACACCACAAUGCAUCUCAAAAAACUCCUUCUACCCCCAAUUGAAACAAAAUAUAUCAGAAAUGUACAGUUCAUGUUCUAUAUGUUGAAAGGGGCAACUUAACAGUUCACUCCUUAAAAAUGAACUGGACCUAUGAUUUUUAAAACAAUCAGGGAGACCUUAAAUAUAUCUGGCUGCAUUUCAGUUAUGAAGUGAUUCUUGUCAGCAUUGAAGACAUUGUCAUUUGCAAAGCGUUUGGCAGGGAAAGCUUUCCGUACAAGUAAAGCAGUUAAUAAGCUUUUGAAAAUCCUAUUUGUGUGUGCGACAGAAAACUUUCAUUAGAAAUUUGUGGAAUCUGCACAGCCAGUUAUUAUUUACUUGUAAAGUGUCAAAAGUGUAUUCACAGGAAUUAACAGUUUUAUUUUCCUAAGGAAUCUUUUUCAGAAGAAUUUGAACAUGCCAUAACACUUUCUCUGAUGAGGCAAAAAGCAUUUUUUCUGAAGUGCUGACUGGGUGUGCUGCAAGUACAAAGCUAUUUUUCAUGAUAACUAUGAUAUCUUACCAAUAAUAAACUCCCAUAAUACUCAUCUGAAACUUUGGAAGAAAUACAGGAAGAUCUUAAGGGGCAUAUUAGUUUAAUUUGGAAUUUUUAGCCAAGUCUGUCAGCCAAAUUAUGUGUAUUAGCACAAGCUAGGCAGUCUAAUACCUUGUCUGUCUUGUUUAUGUUAACUAGAAGAACAUAGAUUUUUAUACUUAUAUAUGUCAUUUUCAAAUCAGGCCCGGUAUGCUGAGAAAAUAAAUAUGUUCGUGCUUUAUAAGAGGAUUAUCUCAGAGUUUGCAGUUUAACUGCACGUCUGAAAGCAAACAAUAACGAUGGCUUUAGACUAAACUGUUUGGUUUACCUUCAUAAGAGAACAUACUACACCAUCUCUGCUUGGGAGAUCGGGUGUCAAGCAUUGGUUCAGGAGCCAUGAGUAGCUCACAUGCUUCUGGACUCAGGAAAAGCAUAUGAAUAAUGCUGCUUCUAUAUAUAUUUGUCCCCUAUGUAAAAUGUUUCUGCAGAAUCCAGCACAGAUGCCAUGUGGGCACAGUUACUGCAUGGCCUGUGUUGUCUGGUUAUUAAGGAAUAUCCUUGAUCCGGAGUGUUUAAUUUGUGGAAAGAAGAUAGUCACAGAUGAUGCAAUUUUUAAUUUUGGCUCU